UGCGAAACGAACGACAAACAAACGAACUGAGCCCGUAGCCGAUGGUCGCACCUCUCAGUGCUCCUGCUUCAAACGUGAAUUUGGUUUGGAAAUAUCUCGGUCUGGCCUCGGUAUUGGCUGAAAUAUUGUGCAUAAGGACUUCAACUUCUCUGCGAAACUGUCGGGAUAUGUCUCAAGUUGCCACUAUUCUUGAUGGUGGAGGAGGAGGCACAGGACCAGAAGGUGGAGCGGGUUGCGGUGGUGCAGGCAGUGCCGGUGGAGGUGGUGGAAGUGGCGGCGGGGGAAGACGUAAAGCCCUUGCUCACAAUAAUUUAAUAUUCCCAAGGAAACAAAACAUGCACAACCACAAGCAUGGUCGCAAAAGGCUCCACAGUCAACACAGUCAGUCUGGUGGAGAAAGAGGAGGAAAGUUUCAUCUUCCUCACAAAAAACGCCGUAAAGAUGGUCACAUUCCUCCGACGAAAUUUUUGCUAGGUGGAAAUAUUUGUGACCCACUUAACCUUGGAAGUCUUCAGGAUGAGGAAAUCAACCGGGCCAUGAAUGCAGUUACUCCUAAGUCAUCUCCCCUUCCAACUCCCAAACAUAGGAAAGGAGAAGUUGAAGUCAUAAUUCCUCCAAACAUUAAUGAUCCUCUGAAUCUUAACUCAUGUGAAGAUGAUGAGGAGUAUGUGGCACAGCUUGCCAACUCUGGUGGUUCUCCAGUGAAGAAAGCUCGUAACAAGAGUAAACGGAAAAAGAAAAGACUGAGCGGAGUCUCAUCGUGCUCUGGGAAAGAGGAGAAUUUAGAUGGGUCUACUAAUUUAGACAAAUCUGGCAACAUCAGCAUGAUGUCAGAUACAGCUGAAACACCAUCAGAGACCACUUCAAUGUUCAAGGAAGGCAUACCAACAGGAGGCCCUGUUACACCUGGUGAGAUAGCUGCCCAAGGUGGUGGGGAUGCUGUUGAGGCAGCUAUACCAGAACCGGCAAAGAUCCAUGAUAGCCCUAUGAAAAGGCCUAACAGAAGGUCUGAGGAAGGUGGUAAAGACAGACGACCUCGCAAGUUUCAGGUGGAUCUCAAGGACAAAAUUGUCAGCCCUGUCAUCCGGCAGCCAGGCCAAAAAUCACUCCAUGGUUACCACGGCCACCACGGCCACCAUGGACAUGGGCGAAAUCAAAAGUUCAAAGACAGGAAAAACAACGGACCACCGUUAAAGGAGCCCAAAUUUAGAGCCAAAGAUGCGAAUUUUCAAUAUGGAAAUUUCAAUAGGUACUAUGGAUAUCGAAACACAGUCCAUGAACCUGAUCUCCGUCUUAAAUGCUUUGCUCAACAUCCUGAAUUAUUCAGAGACAGAGAUGUCUUGGAUAUAGGUUGCAAUGUGGGGCAUAUUACUUUAUCUAUUGGCCGAGACUUCAGAGCAAGAAGUGUUGUUGGGAUUGACAUUGACCGCAAACUAAUUGAAAUUGCAAGAAAAAAUGUUCGUCAUUACGUGAAUUAUGAACAGUCUCCUGCACCAACAGCAGCUGGGACACCAAGCAGUACUCCGAGUCAUUGUACGCCUUCAUACACGCCAUCAUAUGGACCCCAAAGUCAGAUGACUUCUAGCAAGGAGAGGAGCCCCAAUGACCGUUUCUUCCCAAUAUCCAUGCCUAUUGUGUAUGGUCCAAUUGAGAUCCCGGGAAUUACUGACGGUAUUCGAACCCCUCGGCCGGCCUGUGCACCCCUUCCAUUUCCUAAAAACAUAUCAUUUGUUCAGGGCAACUAUGUUCUUGAUUCUGACUCACUUUUGACAUUGGAACAGCCUCAGUUUGAUGUCAUAUUAUGCUUGAGUAUUACAAAAUGGUUUCACUUAAAUUGGGGUGAUGCUGGUUUGAAAAGAGCAUUCCGAAGGAUGCACUCACAGCUUCGCCCUGGUGGAUGUUUAAUAUUAGAACCUCAAGGUUGGCCUUCUUACAAUCGUAAGAAGAAACUGACUGAAACCAUUUGGAAAAACUACAACAGUAUUGAACUUUUCCCUCAUCAGUUCAGGGAAUACCUUUUGUCUCCAGAAGUUGGAUUUUCCCACUGCCGGGUGCUGGACGUCCCUCAACACGCUGCCAAGGGCUUCCGCCGCACCAUUACCAUGUUUGUGAAAGGCGACCCUUCGCCAGCUCACUCGGCCCUGAGCAUGGACAGUUCCACCGUGCUUCCCCCAACAGUAUAUGCGCAAACAAGUUGUGAUGGUGCUUCGCCAAUGAGCGGACUCACACCCGAUGCUAAUUUAGGAUCUCCAGGACCAAGUGGACUGCCAGACUCCUCUUCAGACCCCACUGGUCGUGCACCUAAAUAUCACUAUGCAUCUCUUGGCCAAAGCGGCUUUACUCCGGACCAUGCCAGUGCAUCCCCUCUGACCAACGGGCCGGCUUCAGUAACAUACUGUGCAUCUCCCAUGUCAGGAGGGUACACCCCAGACCCUAGAAGUGCAUCACCAGUUCCGAGUGGCCUAACUCCCGACUAUUCCGGAGCUUCACCAUUGCCUGCUGGCUUGACUCCUGAUCCUCGAAGUGUAUCCCCUGGGAGCAUGACUCCAGACCCUAACAGCACUUCCCCAUUCCCUAGUGCUGGUGACUUUCAGAGUGCGUCUCCCAUCAGUGGUUUUGUUCAAGAUACACAAAGUGCAUCAUGUGAUACAUCAGAUGGUGAAGCAACGCGGUUUGGAGCACCAAGCAGAGACCAAAAUAAAUCAGAACAUGUUCAAGGAAUUUAUUCUGAUGGUGAACGGAUGUGGACAGAGAUACCACAAUUUCAAGCACACAAGACUGAAGAAACUGAGAGUGUGCAAGUAGUAGAAGAAAAAGCUUUGUCAGGCAGUUCCAUUGAAAAGGUUCCACCUGAAUCAAAUGAAAUCAAAGAGGACUCCCAGGUUGAUGGAGCGGUCUUGACUUUGGAUUCUGCUAAUGCUACUGAUAGUUAGGCUGAUGUCAGUCCCUGUGAUCCUGCUACUCCUGGUGAGAGCAGUCUUUAGACUUUGGAGUGCUUAUUUGCAUACCCAGUGAAAGUAGCUGUCAUUGAAGAUUGAAGACUAAGGACACUUACAGUUUUUACCUUCAGCUACAAAUUGUUUGUUAUUUCUCACUUGGAACAGUUGUCAUCUUUUUCUUUGCAAAUUUAUGUUAGUAUUGUGGGAUGUGUUACAGAUUCCAACCAUUCAUCCUCCUUUCACAACUUGUUUUGACCAUUUUUUGAUUAUUUUUUUUCCUUUUUAAAAAUGUGUAUUAUUACGUUUUAAUUGUUCCUUGACUUAUUUAUGGUUCUGUUAAGUAAACCUGUAUGCUUCUUCUCA